UAAUUAUGUCAGAUUUCUCAGACUUCAAGAUAAUAUAGUAGGUAGACGUUAGUAGUGUAUAAGAUAACUGUGCUAGAAACAUCGAAAAAAAAAUAAGUGGAGAAGAGGAAGUCAUAAAAAGUCUUAUCAGUAUUUUUAAUAUGUUUUUAAAUGACAAGGGAAAAUUUUUGGCAAAAGUAGCAUCAGUUCUAGGCUUGAUUCAAGGAAUAACUUGGUUAGUCCUUUGUAUAUUAACAUUGGUUGUUACAAAUUACACUCCAGAAUCAGUUAAGAGGACUCCCACCAAUUAUAAUGAAUAUAUUUCAAGUGUUAUUUACAGUCAUUUUAUAGAUCCCGGAAAUGGUAACAUUAUAACUCCAGCAUCAUUUAACGCAUUAAGAUGGAUAUAUAUUGUAUUAAGUGCUCUUUGGGUCGCAGCAUCUAUAGAUCAAUAUUCAGCUUUAAAAAGAAAUAAAGGAAGACAAGCGUAUGUUAGUGUAAUCUUGGGAAUUAUAAUAAUAAUAACAAGCAUAAUUGAUAUUGUUUUUCUGGCAUUAUUAGCGCGUGAUUUUUCUGAAUGUACGUUUUCUACUGUAAUUUCGGUGUCUACUACUAUACAGCCUUCUACUACUACACAGCUUUCUACUACUACACAGCCUGCUACUAUUACACAGCCUUCUACUACUCUAGCUCUAGAAGAAGAAACAACUGCUGAGGGUUUACUAAUGUUGCAAGCCUUUAGUGAAGUAAUAAUUAAUACUGGUAUAGAUUGCAAACUCGCUACUGGAAUUGUAAUGACAAUUGUAGCCAGAGGUUAUGUCCUAUUGUUCGUAAACGUCUUUCUCAGUUUAAGCUUAAUAGUUGUUGGAACUCAGGCUUUGAGUACCCCUUCAAUUUUUAAAUAUGAACAAAAUACUAUACCAAGGGUUCAGGUUCCCCGAACUGGAAAGAAAAGUCCUGCAUAUGGAGACCACGAAUUUUUCGAAGAUGUCUAUACGGCACCUCCAUUUCCUGAGGUGAAUUCCCAGCGAUAUAGUAGUACGCCUGUAUCAUUAGGAAAAAAUCGAAAUUCUAGUAAUUACUAUUAGAAUACAUAGUUUUAAAUUAAAAGUAAUAAUUGCAUAUUUAUUGUUCUUCAAACUGGUAUAUGCUAUUUAUUGAGGAUGUUAAUUUUUAGUUUAAUAAAUCUUAUGUUAAAAAAGAA